AUGCAAAGAACGACGUCGAUGUUGUAUACAUUCGAAUGUAAUCCUACUACUCUUACGACUACUUCAUAUGUCUAUAUGGAAUGUAUAAAUAAUAAUAAUCAAAAUAAUAAUAAUAGAAAUAAUAAUAGUAAUAAUAAUUUAUCACAUCUUGGACCAUCAUUAACACUUCGAUUAGAUCCUACUAUACAUGCAUCUUCACCUCCACUUUAUAUUGAUAUUAAAGAUUCCUUACCAACCAACUAUAAUUAUACACACCAUCGAUCAAGUAUAAGUGGUGCCGAUGAAAUCAAGGAAAAAGACAAGGAUCGAGAACGAGGAGGAGGAGGAGGAGGAAAAGAUAGAGAUGGUAGAGAAAAGGAAAGAGAAUCCCUCCUCUUACAAACAGAAGAGACAAAAGAAAAAAGGACAGUUCCAUUUAGAUUAUCAUCCUUUCCAUCGUUAAUUCGAUCCAUUUCAUGGUUAUCUAUAUUCAACAAGAUUGCUCAUGCAUCUUAUCAUCAUAAAAAUUAG